AUGGGCGUUCGUGGCCUCUGGGAACUGCUGGCACCAGCAGGCCAGCGUGUCGGUAUCGAAACGCUCUCGGGGCGGCGAGUCGCUGUUGAUGCGAGCAUCUGGCUGAACCAGUUUGUUCGAGCCGUCCGAGAUACCGAGGCGAUGACCACGGUACGCAACGCUCACCUUCUGGGCAUAUUUAGACGCUGCUGCAAACUUCUUUAUUACGGCAUAGAGGCGGUCUUCGUAUUUGAUGGCGGAGUGCCUUCGUUGAAGCGCCGAACACGGGAGCGAAGGAGGCACAUUCAAAACCGACACCGAGCGCGGCUUCGACGGGCUGCGGAGCGAUUACUCCUCGCUCAGUUGCAUCUCACUCGUACUGCGAGGCAGAAGGAGCAGGCGUCAGCAUCAUUAGCGCCAGCAGAUGCCCUGGAAACUGCCCUGCAAUCGGAUACUGCACGUGAAAAACAUCCAACGAUGCCCCGUAGAACAAGUGCGAAACGCCUUACCGGCGACGAAACGCGCGUGCCCAGCGAUGGCAACCAGCCCGAAGUGCAGCGCUCUCAUUACGCGAACACCAAUGGCAGGCAACGUGACGAGCUUGACUUCAUGGCAGGGGACAGUACAGAAUUUGGACUCCCGUGCGCUACCUCAGAAGAAAUCAUAUCAGAUGAUGGUUCCAAUUGUGAAGCGUUCGAGUUACCAGACCUCGAAAACAUCGAUGCUGACGCCGUCGUGGCACUCCCCGCGUCGGUGCAGAAAGAGAUUAUAGCCUCGAUUCGGAGACGCAUGCAUACAGAGCUUGUUGAAACUGUCGAAAAUCUGGAUGAGUUGCGCUCGCCCAGUGACUUUUCACAGCUGCAAGUUGAUCGCUUUCUACGUACGAGCCAACUCAGGUCGAAACUACGGGACGCUCGGCAGAGGGCCUCUCAUGGGACGCAUCUCGGAAGGCGCCUUGCAUCGGACGCAACUCGUGAAUACGUACUUGUAGAGAAUGAGCGCAAUCUGGAUACCGCCCGAAACAGGGAUCUAGCCGCAGAUGCGCGCGGCACGGAGCGCCCCGGUGCAUGCGUUCGUGCGAGCGUUCCUGAUGCGCCUUCGCGGAGCGCUGCGGUGCAGUCGAUGACGGUGAACGCAAUUUCGGGUACCGAAUGGGCAAGCGAGAUCUCGAGCGGCUUUCGCUUUGCACUGAAAACGCCACACGAUGCGCGUGAUGGAGAUGCAGCAGCCGAUUGCAGGCAUCGAGUGCGUCACGCCGAGUUGAGCGCCUCGGACGUCGUAGGCAUGCCCCAGGAUACCCGUCGAACGAUGUUCACGACGAGCAACGAGGCGCCCUCUUCCGACGGCCGCUUGGAACCGGCCCGAGCCGAUGAACAGAGCGAUGCUGAAUUCUUGGAAAAUAUUGAAUGGAAUGAAGUAUCUACCGAGGGCUCUGAUCAGGAAGCGCAAUUUGCGUCCGCGGAGGAACUGACUGACAGACGCCUGUCGAGCGAGCACAACCUUCAGAAACGAACAGCCCAAGCGAAGCACUUGAGCAACGCUACGCUGGAUAGAUCCGGUGCAGAGUCAAACACAGAAGCGCCAAUGAAAAAGCUGUCCUCUGUCGCAAAAUAUACUGAGAUGGUAUCCACAGAACACGCAGAUUCGCUCACCAGACCCGCAAUCGAGCCACGUGAAACUGCGGACACACCCAGCAUCGAUAUCGGUAGCGCAGCAAACGAUGCUGUCGGACCAGCCGCUUUCGAAGCGACGCAGCCUGCACGCGAGUCUUCGAACGUCCGUGCAGUGCCGUUGCUUGCCGAUGAACAGAUAGAUUGUCGCCGCCCAGUCGCCGCUAACACUUGGAACUCGGCAGCGCCCGCGGAUGCCGCCGCAUAUCACGAACCAGGGCGCAAUUCAAUAUCGCAAGAACUGCCACCUGGAUCGGAUGCUGGAAUAUCACCUGAUGACCGCUCAGAGGAUUCAAGACAAGAGGCCUCGGUCGAUGCGUGUGGCACGCUCGACGGCGGCAUCGCAGCGCGCACGCAUCACGAGUGCGAUCAUUCCGAGUGGCGCUCGCAGCAACGCGCCAAAUUUGGAGCCGCGAGAGGCCUCAUACCAGCGCAUAGGUCGUUUCUGAUGGACACAACGGAAGCGGCAAACAACGCCGCCGGAACCGGUGAGCAUCGUGGUGCACUAGCGAUGAACGCUCGGGCGGAUGACGCCACUGAGCGCCAGCGCAUGGAGCCCAUGUUUGCUGAGCACGAGGAGAUGGAUCUCGCCAAACUUCGUUCGGAAUAUGCCGCUGCCGCCAGACACGCUGACUCGGUAACGGAGCAAAUGUUCGCGGACACCAAGAGACUGCUUCAGUUGCUUGGAAUCCCGUAUAUUGAGGCAGCGAUGGAAGCGGAAGCACAGUGCGCUUUCCUCGAUCGCGCUGGCAUCGUCGACGCCGUCGUGACGGAGGACUCUGACGCUUUCCUCUUUGGCGCUAGUCGUGUUUACAGGCACAUCUUUGAGGACUCAAAAUAUGUAGAGGAGUACGAGAUGAAUCGCAUUGAACGGAACAUGGGCCUAUCACGUGACAAGCUUAUUUGCUUGGGAUUGUUGCUCGGCAGCGAUUACAGUGACGGCGUCUACGGGGUUGGGAUUGUGAACGCAACCGAAAUCGUGGAGGCGUUUUGCAGAGACCCUGACCCUGCUUGUCCAGACACAAGUCCCGAACGCGAGCCAUUUCGCGGACUGCAAGAUUUUCGCGAAUGGCUAGACGCUGUUCAUCUUGGCGAUGAUCCAGCGAGUGUGAGCGAUCCAGAGCCGCGACGCGCCGCAUUCAAAAAGCUCCACAUCAACAUGAAGCGCAAUUGGAACCUACUUGACAAGACGUUUCCGAACCGCCACGUCAUUGAAGCAUUCUUGCGGCCGCAAGUGGACACCUCCUGGCUUCAUCGGCGUCGCGAACUUUUUCCGAAUUGCGGACCGGAUCCAGUCGCUUUGCGGGCAUUUUGUCAUGAUCUGUUCGGCUGGGACUCGGCCAAGUUAGAGCAAGCGCUUGGUCCUGUUGUCCAGGCGUUUCAGCGACAUCGUGAGCGCCAGACACGCAUCGACUCCUUUUUCCAGCCGCAUCGCUUUGCACGUAUUCGUUCAACGCGUCUUCAGAAUGCCGUCCGAAAGUUGGCUUGCGAUGGAUUAAGCGCAGGAGCAUCACAGGUCAGUGGUGCAGAAAAGCAACCACCGGAUGCUAACGGCGAUCGAGACGAUGAUUCUUUGGCAUUGAGUUUGUUAGCCGAAACCGAGGAACUCAUGCUGCGAACGACGUCGGAAUGCAUGGACGGCACAGGGACGUCGUUCGGAUCCGGUUCCAAAACGAAACGGCGACGGAUGUCGGCGCGCUCUUGA